AUGGAUCGCCAAAAGAAAAGAGAACUCCGCGAUUUGAACGAGAGAGCUUGGGCAGGCGAAAAUGGUACGAAUAAUGCUUCCUCCCUCCCUCCCUCAUCCCCCUCCUCCCCUUCCAGCCAAGUCAAGUUCCUCUAUCUAACCCAAGUUACCCUUGCCUCCAUAAUAGAUGUCUUUCCUGUCAGCAAAUCCCUCGACUCAGCUCUGAAGAAAAACACCGCCUUCAUCAAGCGUCUCCGAACCGGAAUCAGCGCAUCCGCCUUAUCAACCUUCCUUUCAGAUAUCCGCACCCUCUCGCUACACAAGUAUCUAUCCGAGAUAAUCUCCGCCUGCUACGAAGGCCUCAGCAAGCUAAAAACGCCCGGCGAAAUCGCCGUCGGAGUCGAGAUCGUCGCCGCCCUACACCAGCGCUUCGGCCCUGCUGAGUUCACCCGCUACAUCGGCUGGCUUCUCGGCCGCGGCCUAACGUCCCCGGACAAAGCCCAGAUCAAGCAACUGAGUCAAGAAUUCCGCGAGCGCGAGGAGAAAGAUCGUUUAGCCCGCCAUCGAGUCCUUUUGCGUGUUGUCACGGAAUUAUGGCUCGUUGGUGUUCUUCGGACGCUGGAUGAUGUCGAACGUCCUGAUGACUUGGGUCUUAAGGGUAGUGGUGCUGGUGGUGCUGGGGGUGGUAGUGGGGACCCUGCGAAGAUCUCCUCUUCCUCCGCUGAGCAGCCCGUGCUAAAGCAGAAGUUUCCGUCCUCCUCGGCGAGAGAUCCCGAGAAGGCGGAGCCGUUUCCUCUGGAAGUUCUGAAGGAUCUUUUGGGUCAUGAUAGGGAGCAUACGAAUUUGCCACUUGCUGUGCUCUUUGUUAAGAGCUUUAGUUGGGAUAUUCUUGGUGCUAAGUUAGCUGAUGAAGGGAGGAAGACGGUGGAGGUUGAUGGAGUGACGACGACUACGGCUACGACGACGACUACAGGCGCUGAGAAUGGGAAUGCUGGGGGUUCGGAUGCUGCUGCUACUGCUGCUCUGGAUGCAGAUCCGCCGUUGACGCCAGAGAAGAUGCAACUGCGGUUCAAGAAUAUUUUGACCCGAUAUCUGGAUGAUGUUAAGGCGCAUGUUGUACGGGAUCAGAAGGCUUUGUCGAAUCAGAGUCGUCGCAAUGCUGAAGCUUAUGUGAAGAGUGGCGAGAUUUUCGAGGACCGCCAGUCGAAUUUCGAGAAGCAGACCAAGACGCUCGAUAAGCUUGUUGCGAAUACUCAGGUACUCUGCGAGGCUCUCGGUGCUGAAAUGCCAGAUCUGGUCGAGAAGGAGACCGCCGAUGCUUCCGCGAGUGGAGGCAUUGGUUUGGUGAAGACUACUGAUUACCUUCGUGGCCAAGGUGAUGGUGCAGGUAUCUGGGAAGAUGAAGAGGAGAGACGUUUCUAUGAAAAUCUGGUUGACUUGAAAGGCAAGGUUCCUGCUGUGCUUCUGGAGGACGGCAAGAAAAAGAAGACCGAGGGCGACGAGGCUGGCAAGAAGAAAGCAGAUGGAGACAAUACAGCCGAAUCGCCCUCAGAGAAGACCGAAACAGCCGAGGAAAAAGCUGCAGCUGAAGCUGACGACCAAUCCACCGCCAUUGCUAGUAAAACUAACAAGGACCAGGUCGACCAAUUUGCCUUGGACUUUUGCUUCGUCAAUUCUAAGGCGUCCCGCAAUAGGCUCGUCAAGGCUGUCUCGGAUAUCCCCAAGGGCCGGGUUGAUCUUCUGCCUCUUUACUCGCGUUUGGUGGCUACCCUUGGACAGUAUCUUCCAGAUAUCCCACAGGGCCUGACGACCUAUCUUGAUGAGGAAUUUCGAAGUCUACAGCGGAGAAAGUCUAAGGAGUUCCUUGGACAAGUGCGCAUGAGCAAUGUACGAUAUCUCGCCGAGUUGACCAAGUUUGGUGUGGUGCCUGAGCACAUUAUCUUCCACUGCUUCAAAGUCUCACUCGACGAUUUCUCCCGUAUGAAUAUUGAGAUCAUUGGAAACCUGCUCGAAAACUGUGGUCGUUAUCUUCUCCGCAACCCCGAGACUUCGCCCCGCAUGGCUUCCUUUCUCGAAACCCUGGGUCGAAAGAAGACCGUUCAGCAUAUUGGUCAACAGGAACGCAUGGUGAUUGAGAAUGCAAUCUACUAUGUGGACCCGCCCCCACGCCCUGCAAUCCAGCAGAAGGAUCGGACUCCAAUGGAGCAGUACAUUCGCCGGCUGAUCUACCUGGACAUGAACAAGCGCAACUACACUAAGAUCUUGAAGGCGAUUCGAAAGCUGCAUUGGGAGGAGCAAGAGGUUGUUGAUAUUCUCGAACGCGUCUUCAGCAAACCUGUCAAGGUCAAAUAUGGCAGCAUUCACCUCCUGGCAAUUCUUGUCAGCGCCAUGUAUCGAUACCACCAAGACUUCGUUAUUGGUGUAGUUGACAACGUUCUGGAACAGAUCACGCUCGGCCUGGAGCAGAAUGACUUCAAGUUCAACCAGAAGCGCAUCGCCGAGGUCAAGUACCUGGGUGAAUUGUACAACUACAAGAUGAUCGACUCCCCCGUCAUCUUCGAUACAUUGUACCGCAUUGUUACCUUUGGUCAUGAAGGUGGCACUCCCAUCCCCGGAAGGAUUGUCAUGCUGGACCCCCCGGAUGAUUAUUUCCGACUUCGUCUUGCUUGUACACUCCUUGAUACCUGUGGUCACUGCUUCGACCGAGGCUCAGCGAAGAAGAAGCUAGACUUCUUCCUUAACUUCUUACAGUACUACAUUUGUACUAAAGACCCCAUGCCCAUGGAUAUCGACUUCCUUGUCCAAGAUACCUACUCCACCCUGCGCCCACAGUGGAAGCUAACAUCGGACCCCGAUGAAGCAACCCGAAUCUUCAGCGAGGCCGUUGCCCAGAACUACAACAUGCCGGACUCUGAACGGCCUAUCGAAGCAGACGAAGAGGAAGAUGCUGCAGAGAGCAGCUCCUCCGACGAAGGUCUCGAGGAAGAUGCAAUUCCUGACAUCGAAGACGAGCAGGAAUCUAGCGACGAGGCUGAAGAGGUCUCUGGGCCUAACCCGGAAGCAGAUGAUGACAGCGAAUCGGAAGAUGAGCAGAUUAUCGUCACGCGACAGGAAGAAGAACGUGACCCAGAAGUCGAGGCCGAAUUCGAUCGCGAAUAUGAGAAGAUGAUGAUUGAGAGUGCGGACUCGAGACGUUUCGAACGCAAAGCCAUCUUCGAUAUCCCGCUGCCAAUGAAGAGACCUGCUCGAGAGAAUGCUCCUGCCGAUUUCCCUGGUGAAAUGGAGGUGCCUGAGCCUGUCGCUCCACCCAAGACCAUGGCAUUCUCUUUGAUGACAAAGAAGGGCAAUAAGCAACAGACUCGCACCAUUGACCUCCCGUCCGACUCCAGCUUUGCUGUCGCCAUGCGGACCCAGCAGCAGGCCGAUAGAGAGGAGCAGCAACGCAUCAAGAACUUGGUUUUGAACUACGAGGCAUCAAAUGAGAACGAGACUGCAGAGACCGAUUUUGAAAAACGUAUCCCAGCAAACCAGCGCAUCGAAAAGUCCACCGGAGCCCGAAACGCUUUCCGCUCUCGCAAACUUCAGCUCAGCGAUGUCAACUGGUAA